UUUACACAUGAAUCCAAAUUAUUGGAAUGAGCCAACUAAAUUUGAUCCUUCAAGAUUCUUAAAAAAUAAAAAUCAUGACAAUAAUAAUGAAAUUGAUGAAGAUUCUUUUAUUAAAAAUACAUUUUUACAUUUUGGUGGUGGAUUACGUAUAUGCCCAGGAAGACAUCUGGCAAUGAAUCAAGUUAAAUUAAUGGUUGCUUUAUUAUACAAAAAAUAUAAAUUUGAAUUGGUAAGUGAUAAACCUAUGCGCAUACAACCUUUUGCUGGUAGUCAAUGUGUUGAAUUGAAGGUUAAAUUAACUCACAGAAAUUAA